UUUAAAAAAGGCAGGCCAAAGGCAAAAGCAAAAGCUUAUUUCGUCAGGAAUGAAAUGUUCCAACUUCCAGUCGCCCCUCGCCCUCUUUCUCAUUCACACACUUCUCUUCUUCACUCACAUUUCCUCGACUCCUUUACGCCUACUGUAUGUUUUGUUAUUUGAUUUUCAGUGUUGAUCUAACACCCAUUUCUUUCUCAUCAACCCUUUUGGGCUAUUACCAAGAACCCAUCUCCAAAUCAAUCUCUUUGCUCCAAGACCCCAUGGGAUUUGGAGAAAGCCCAUGAAAAGGAGAAACAGAGAAAUGGGUCUUAUGCAGAAAAGGUUCUGUCUUUCAUUUCUAGCGGAAUCUCCAGAUCUGUGGACUUAAAUCCCAUUCAUAGAAGCAGAAAACGAGUUUGAGUAGUGGGUGUUUAUUAUUCUUUCUCAUUGUAUCUAAUUUUAGAAAAAAAAUGGCGAUUUAUCUCUAUUUCUAGUAGGAGAUUGGAGGAUUUUUAGCGGAUUUGGCGGGAGUUCGUUUGAGCAGAGAUAUGAUUCAGCUAUUAUUUUUGGUUCUUUUUGCCGAAGGCAUUGUAGCGUUUCUUCUAAUGGUGAAGAUCGGGCCUUUGAGGGACCUAGUGAUGAAGGGUAUGGACCAACUGAAGACGGGAAAAGGCUCAGCCACAUUAAAAACCAUUGCUGGCACUAUGUCAGUAAUCCUCGCAUCAAGCAUUAUCAGCCUCCUUAACAUCCAGAACAAGGGAACGAAGCUCGGUACGGUGACACCGAUGGAUCAAGUCCUCUGGAGAUCGCACUUGUUAGAGGCUUCGCUCAUGGGUUGCUCCUUAUUUCUUGGAUUUGUAAUUGAUCGCAUACACCACUAUCUUCAAAAACUAAUUGCGUUGAGGACUGCAGCCAGAUCUUCCAAAAAGGAGGUUGAGAAGCUCCAGAUAGAGCACAUACAGCUCAAAGAGAAGGAAGAAAAAGCUUCCUAUGAAAUAAAGUUACUUCAAGAGGAAAUUUCUAGUCUAAAAGAAAAUCUGAAGAAUCUAAAACUACAAUCUGAUGAGAAAGAUAAACAAAUAAAAUCUGCGGAAUCUCAUGUCACUGCACUUGAGAAGCAAACUGAGGACCUACUUCUUGAAUAUGACCGCUUAUUGGAUGACAGCCAGCAUCUUCAGGCCCAGGUUGUAGGAUAUAGGGGUUGAGACAGUGGUGGGAUUUCGUCCAUUUAAGCCAAGGGUUUAAGUUUGAAUGCUGAUACUCUCGAUCCAAUCUCUCCUUGAUUGCAUUGUAAGUUUGGAGCUUGUACAGAUCAGCAACAUUUAUGGGGGGGUGUUUGGAGGUGAAGGUGGGUGAUUCCUUUUGCAAGUUUUUGAAAAUUUAUGAAAACAAGCACCAAGAGCAUGGCAUAGCCAAAUUGAUGCUUACUUUGUUGAAAAGGUUCAUGAAAAGCAAAAGUGAUCAUAUUUUGAUGUGAAGAAACAAGGUAUAUAUGGAUGAUGUUCUCAUUGUUUCUCUUUAUAUUGAUGACUUGGUUUUUCUUGGAAACAAUAUUAAAAUGAUUGAACAUUUCAAAAAUGAAAUGAUGAAAAAAUAUGAAAUGAGCGAUAUGAGACUGUUACAUCACUUUCUUGGUAUUGAAAUUUAUUAAGGUGAUGAUGGUGUAUUCAUUUGUCAAAGCAUGUACGGUGAAAAAGUUCUAAAAAAAUUCAGAAUGUUUGGAUGUAAACCUAUAGCUACUCCACUGGUUGUCAAUGAGAAAUUAAUGAGGGAAGAUGAUGGUAAAAGGUGAAUGAAACCUUGUAUAGAAGCUUGGCUGGAAACUUAUUUUAUCUCACUGCUACAAGGCCAAACACCAUGUUUGCUGCAAGUUUACUAUCCAGAUUUAUGAACAGCCCCAGUCACAUUCAUUUUGGAGUUGCAAAAAGAGUGCUAAGGUAUGUGCAUGGCACCAUGGAUUAUGGAAUUAAAUAUGACAAAGGAAAUGAAGCAAGAUAGAUUGGUUUUUGUAAUAGUGAUUGGGGAGGAUGUGCUGAUGACAUGAAAAGCACCUCCGGUUAUUGUUUUUCCUUUGAAAGUUGUGUGUUUUCUUGAUGCUCAAAUAAGCAAAAAUCAGUGGCUCAAUCUUCAGCAGAAGCAGAGUAUGUUUUUGCCUCAAUGGCAACAUCUCAAACAAUUUGGCUUAGAAGAAUUAUGGAAUAUAUUAAUAAAAAGCAAGAGAAUGCUUUGGUGAUC